AUGAGUGGCACAUUCUUCUCGAAGAAAACAUUUUGCAUCGUGACUGGGGCCAGCCAAGGCUAUGGGGCCAGCCUGGCAGAGAAAUUUGCUUCACUUUUACCGGCAAAUUCAGCGCUGUUGCUUUUAGCUCGAAACGCAGAAAAGCUUAAAGGCGUUAUAGGCGAUGUCACGAAGUUCACGUUGCAGAUUAAAGAUGCAGAGAUACUUGAUCAUGCCAUGAAGGUCAAUGUGACAGGUGCCAUUCUUGUGAAUACUGCAUUCAUGGAAUGCUGUGCUGGCACGGAGUCUAUGGUCAUCAUUAAUGUGUCGUCCCGAGCUGCUAUCAAGCCGUUAUCAUCUUGGUCUAUUUACUGUGCAGGCAAGGCUGCCAGGUACAUGUUCUUCCAAGUGGUUGCUACUGAGAAAGAAGCAGUUCGGGUCCUCAACUGGGGCCCGGGCCUACUGGACACUGACAUGCAGGCCCGUUGUAGGGAGUGUGCCGAUGACGCCAUACGACAUAACGCAAUAGAUGCAUACGAGCAAGGCAAGCUGCUGAGUUGUGAGGAAUCUGCAGACAAACUGGUCAUUGUACUAGACAGGAAUGACUACAAAUCUGGCUCGCACAUUGAUGUGUAUGAUGUUUAG